UUCUACUGUGUUCUUAUAGGUGAAGAUGCUGGAAGCAGAUCUGGUUUCAAAAAUGCUGCGAGCUGUUCUACAGUCUCAUAAAAACGGAAUAGCAUUACCCCGGCUCCAAGGAGAGUACAGAUCCUUGACUGGAGACUGGAUCCCCUUCAAGCAGUUAGGCUCCCCUACACUAGAAGCCUAUCUGAGAAGUGUGCCCGGAGUUGUCAGGAUAGAGACUAGUAGAUCUGGAGAGAUUACCUGCUAUGCUGUGGCCUGCACAGAAACUGCAAGAAUUGCUCAGCUUGUGGCUCGUCAGAGGAGUUCUAAAAGGAAAACUAGGUGGCAAGUUAAUUGUCAGAUGAGAGUUAAGAAAACCAUGCCCUUUUUUCUAGAAGGAAAACCAAAAGCAACCCUCAGACAACCAGGAUUUUCUUCAGACUUUUCUAUCAGCAAAAAACCUAAUCCAACACUGUUAAGAGACAAAGGAAACUCUCUUGGAGUUAAGUCUGAUGCUGAAAUGCCGCCUUACGCAUUACACACAACUGCUGGAAGUGAAGUAUUCAAAGAUGCUCCAGUGCCGAGGCAUGUGACCAUGUCUGCCAACAACAGGUUUAGCCCAAAGGUGUCCCUCCCACCACCUUUUCAGAUGCAUCUCUCAAGAAGCUGUACUAAGGAAAUGAGUGAUAAUUUAAAUCAGACUGUUGAAAAACCAAAUAUCACGCCUCCUGCCUCUUACACUUAUAAAAUGGAUGAGGUUCAAAACCGCAUAAAAGAAAUACUAAACAAGCAUAACAAUGGCAUUUGGAUAUCUAAGCUUCCACAUCUUUACAAAGAGUUAUAUAAAGAAGAACUUAAUCAAGGAAUUUUACAGCAGUUUGAACACUGGCCUCAUAUUUGCACGGUGGAAAAACCUUGCAGUGGUGGUCAAGAUUUACUUCUUUAUCCAGCUAAGAGAAAGCAGCUUUUGAGAAGUGAACUGAAUGCUGAAAAAGUGCCUCCAUCUCCACUGCCUGCUCCAAAACAAAUACCACUAUUAAAAGGAUGUCCAGCAGUUAUGCCAGGAGACUUUAAAGAGAAAGUUGCGGAGCUGCUGGUGAAAUACUCAAGUGGUCUCUGGGCCAGUGCACUCCCAAAAGCAUUUGAGGACACGUACAAAGUGAAAUUCCCUGAGGAUGCCUUAAAAAAUCUUGCCUCGCUUUCUGAUGUAUGCACCGUAGACUACAUUUCUGGAAAUCCCCAGAAGGCCAUUCUCUAUGCUAAACUUCCAUUGCCCACUGAAAAAAUCCAAAAGGAUGCAGGGCAAGCACAUGGCGAUUACGAUAUCAAGUCUAUGAUUGAACAAGAAUAUUUGCAGAUAGAAGAAAACAUUGCCAAAAUUGUUGAUACCUAUAUUGAGAAUGUAACAGUUCCUCCAUUAGUCAUUCCGACUGAGGCAUCCCCAUCUGUGUUGGUGGUUGAACUGAGCAACACAAAUGAAGUGGUCAUCAGGUAUGUGGGCAAAGACUAUUCUGUUGCUCAGGAAUUAAUGGAAGAUGAGAUGAAGGAGUAUUACAGUAAGAACCCUGAGGUCACACCAGUCCAGGCUGUGCAUGUUGGGCAGCUGCUGGCCGUAAAUGCUGAGGAGGACGCUUGGUUACGGGCGCAGAUCAUCUCAACAGAAGAGAACAAAAUAAAGGUAUGCUAUGUUGACUAUGGUUUUAGUGAAAAUGUUGAAAAAAGCAAAGCAUACAAAUUGAACCCAAAGUUCUGUUCACUCUCAUUCCAAGCUACAAAGUGUAAGCUAGCAGGGUUGGAGGUUCUAAGUGAUGAUCCUGGGUUAGUGAAAGUGGUUGAAUCUUUGACUUGUGGAAAGAUCUUUGCAGUGGAAAUACUUGAAAAAGCUGAUAUUCCACUUGUUGUCCUGUACGAUACCUCAGGAGAAGAUGAUAUCAAUAUCAAUGCCACCUGCUUAAAGGCCAUAUGUGAUAAGUCACUCGAGGUUCACCUUCAGGUUGAUGCCAUGUACACAAAUGUCAGAGUGACUAAUAUUUGCUCUGAUGGCACACUCUACUGCCAGGUGCCGUGUAAGGGUCUGAACAAGCUUAACGACCUUCUGCGUAAGAUAGAGGACUACUUCCAUUGCAAGCACAUGACCUCCGAGUACUUCGUCUCAUUACCCUUCUGUGGGAAAAUCUGCCUCUUCCAUUGCAAAGGAAAAUGGCACCGAGUAGAGAUCGCGAACGUUCACAGCAGCCGGGCUCUUGAUGUUCAAUUCCUGGAUUCCGGCACUGUGGCAUCGGUAAAGGUGUCCGAGCUCAGGGAAAUUCCCCCUCGGUUUCUACAAGAGAUGAUCGUGAUACCACCUCAGGCUAUAAAGUGCUGUUUAGCAGAUCUUCCACAAUCUAUUGGCAUGUGGACACCAGAUGCUGUGCUUUGGUUAAGAGAUUCUGUUUUGAAUUGCUCAGACUGUAGCAUUAAGGUUACAAAAGUGGAUGAAACCAGAGGGAUCGCACAUGUUUAUUUAUUUACUCCUAAGAACUUCCCUGAUCCUCAUCGCAGUAUUAACCGCCAGAUUACAAAUGCAGACUUGUGGAAGCAUCAGAAGGAUGUGUUUUUGAGUGCCAUAUCUGUUGGAGCUAGCUCUCCCAACAGCAAAAGUGGUAACACCCCCAUUUUGGGCAACACUGGAGAGAAUUUCAGAAAGAGCCUCACAGAUGUCUUCAGAAAGUCUGUGGUGGACCACACCAGAUCUUUCUCCAUGGAGGAAUUGCCACCUCCUAUCCACUUGUCAAAGCCAGGGGAACAUAUGGAUGUGUACGUGCCUGUGGCCUGUCACCCUGGCUACUUUGUCAUACAGCCAUGGCAAGAGAUACAUAAGUUGGAAGUUCUGAUGGAAGAGAUGAUUCUGUAUUACAGUGUGUCUGAGGAGCGCCACAUAGCGGUGGAAAAAGACCAAGUGUAUGCUGCAAAAGUGGAAAAUAAGUGGCACAGGGUGCUUUUAAAAGGAAUCCUGACCAAUGGAUUGGUAUCCGUGUAUGAGCUGGACUAUGGCAAGCACGAGUUAGUCAACAUAAGAAAAGUGCAGCCUCUAGUGGACAUGUUCCGGAAGCUGCCAUUCCAGGCAGUCACAGCUCAGCUAGCAGGAGUGAAGUGCAACCAGUGGUCUGAGGAGGCUUCGAUGGUGUUUCGAAAUCAUGUGGAGAAGAAACCUCUGGUGGCAUUGGUGCAGACAGUUAUAGAAAAUGCUAACCCUUGGGACCGGAAAGUGGUGGUCUAUUUAGUGGACACAUCGCUGCCAGACACAGAUAUCUGGAUUCAUGAUUUUAUGUCAGAAUAUCUGGUAGAGCUUUCAAAAGUUAAUUAAUCACUGCUUCUGAGACCUUGACAACUAAUUCAGAUUUUUUAGCAAUAACAAAAUGUAGUAGGCUUUAAAAAAAAAUCUUAUCUCUGCUACAUGGCUCUGACUGCUGUGAGGGAUUGAAAAGAAUAUGCUUAUGUUUGAUGAAAGAUAUUUAACAAGUUUUAUUUUAACAGAGUUGACUUUUCAAAGAAAAUUGCACUUGAAUUAUUACUAUAAUAUUAGAAUUAAAAUGUUUAUCAAUAUAAAAA